AUGGCUGUUGAACAUGGGAAGGUGUGGAUAAUCAAGAUUCCCAUUGGGGAAGUGCUGGAGUUCUUGUAUAGUAGUGAAGGAGGAGAACAUAGACUGUUGACAUUCAGGGAUGUGGUCAUAGAAUUCUCUGUGGAGGAGUGGCAAUGUCUGGAUACUGCUCAGCAGAAUUUGUACAGGAAUGUGAUGUUAGAGAACUACAGAAACCUGGUCUCCCUGGGUAUUGCUGUCUCUAAGCCAGAGCUGAUCACCUAUCUGGAAGAAAGGAAAGAGCCUUGGAAUCUGAGCAGACAUGAGAGAGUAGCAAAACACCCAGGUAGGUGA